CAAUGCAAUGUUUCUAGCAAAAUCCCCAAGCCCGUGAGAUUAGAUGACGAAAAGUAGUCCCUUCAAAAUUCAUAAUCGUGAGCUUGACUAUAUAUAUAAACGUUCGUUCGUCCCACGGUUCAUAAUAUAUAUAUGUUUGUUUCAGAACCACCCAAAUAUACACACGAAAAUAAUGAACAAGAGCCACGAGACGCAAGAAGACCCUCUUACACAAGAAAGUCGUCAUCAUCUUCAUCAAAUCUUCAUAUCCAAGAUAGUCAAAUCUCAUAGAUUCUUCCAAGCCCUCGUGUUGUAUUCUUUUCUUAUCGGUUUCGGGUUCGGACUCGGCUUCAUACUCAACGUUCACAUAAGAAACCUCUCUUUCAAUCCCCAACUCUUUCGUCUAUCCUCUACUUCCUUCUCCUCCUCCUCUUCCUCCUUUUCCAACUCUUCCCUCUCUCCACAGCUUCAACCGCAGCCAGAAAAACACGUUUCCCUGAAAGAAGCGGUUGAUGAUGAAGGGCAAAAAGAUCAUUCUCUGGUGGAGCCGGAGAACGUGAUGCAUAACAUGACGGAGGAGGAACUCUUCAGGCGUGCAUCGAAGAUUCAAGAAAUGACGUUGAAUAUGACAAAGAAAGUGGCGUUUAUGUUCUUAGCAAGAGGGAAGCUUCCUUUGGCUAAACUGUGGGAGAGAUUUUUCCAAGGCCAUGAAGGUCUUUUCUCAAUUUACAUUCAUUCUAGUGACCCAUUUUACGUUGACGACUCAACACCGGAAACGUCGCCGUUUUACCGCCGGAGGAUUCCAAGCAAGGAAGUGAAAUGGGGAAUGGUGAGCAUGGUGGAGGCUGAGCGGCGGCUACUGGCCAACGCUCUGCUCGAUGCAGGAAACCAUCGCUUCGUCCUCCUCUCGGAAUCGGACAUCCCUCUCUUCAACUUCUCCACCGUUUACUCUUACCUCGUAAACUCUCAACACUCCUACGUCGACAUCUACGACCUUCCCGGACCAGCAGGUCGAGGCCGCUACAAUCGCCGUAUGUCACCAGUCAUCAGCCGCAGCAAAUGGCGAAAAGGCUCUCAGUGGUUCGAGAUAGACCGUGAGGUAGCUGAAGCCGUAGUCUCGGACACAAUUUACAUUCCUGUGUUCAAGAAACAUUGCCUUUUGGGAUGUUAUGCCGACGAGCAUUACUUACCGACGCUUGUCCACGUCAUGUUUCCGGGGAAGAGCGCGAACCGGUCGCUGACGUGGACUGAUUGGUCACGACGAGGGCCGCACCCGAGGAAGUACACUCGGCGGUCAGUGACUGGGGAGUUUCUGUCGAAGUUGAGGAAUAGAAGAGAAGGGUGUGUGUAUAAUGGGAAGAAGAGCGAGAAAUGUUACUUGUUCGCUAGGAAGUUCGAUAAUAGUUGUUUGGAUAAAUUGUUAUAUUUUGCUCAUAGAGUUAUGGGAUUUUAGUUUUUCUAUAGAUCACCUGGCAUUAUACGACUCGGCUAAUCUGUGUGUUUUGUGUAUCUUAAAAUUUGUAAUUACAAUACUUCACAUAUUUUUUUUGUAUUUUCUCUGAGAAAUUUUAUUUAA